UUUGCUGUAACAUUCACUUCCUCCCCCCAAACAGGCCACACGCACAAUAAUGCCUGCAGGAACAAAACAACUAGUGCUUUCUCUCAUCACUUUUUUUUUUUUUUCAUUUUUUUUCUCUCUCUCUCUCUCUCUGAACUAUUUGCCAGAAAGCAAACGUAAAGGUGACGCCUCAGUAAUCCAUCAAUUUCAUUUUCAAUCACUCUAAUCUCGUAGUAGUAGUAGUACUACUACUACUACCAACAAAACAAGUCUCUCUUACUCCUCUCUUCAAUUGAAUGAUCUUCUUGAAUUCCAAAUUCAUUCCUCAAAACCCACAUUUUGCUUUCCAUUAUAGCCCUUGUAGGCCUUUUCUUUUGAACCCUUUAUAGGCCAUUUUUAACAUUUUUUUUUAUAUUUUUUUAUUGGUCCCCAAAGGCCAAAGCCAAAGCCAAAGCCAAAACUCUUCCAUUCUUUUUCUUUUUUUCAAAUUGAAAACCAGAAGAAUGAGAGACAGAGGCAAAGCAGUGGAAGACAUGGAAGUAUACUACUCGACCUCUUCUCAUGACUUGCCAUGCAAGAAACACCCUUCUUCUUCUUCCGUCGGAAUCUGUGCUUACUGCCUUAAAGAUCGGCUGAUCAAGCUCGUGUGUUCAGAUUGCGGCGAACAGCGUCUCUCCUCCUGCUCCUGCUCCGAGAUCUCCUCCAACCGAAACUCCUGCACCGUCGAGAUCGGAAGCGUCGGCAGAGGGGCGUUCCUCAUCGAAAACGAAAACACCGCCACUAGGUCCAGCAGAGCGCAGACCCAUAAAACAGAAAACAAUAACAAUCACCACAACAGCUACAACAACAACUACGAAGACGACGAUCUGUUUCUCCGGAGAAGCAACAGCAGCUGUGUGGAGAUCAAGAGAUCACGAAACGGUGGGUUCUGGAGAUUCGGCAAGUUGUUCAGAAAGAAGAAGGAAAUAAUCAAGGACGCGCUGGGGAAUUACAGCACUAACAGAAGCGUUUCCGGGUUCGAUCAUGAGAUCAAGAGCGAGAUGUGGCUCGUUGAUCACGUGGGUGUUUCUAGAUCGAGAUCUCUCUGUAGUUUCCGAGGCGGCGGUGGCGGUGGCGGUGGAGGUUGGCUUGGGUCCGACGACGGCGCGAGGAGCUCGAUCUCCGGCGCGAGGAGCUCGAGCGUGACGGCGUGUAUGGUUCUGGACUCGGGAAGGAGAAGCGGGUUCAGCGAAACCGAGCCGAGGAAGAGUGGAUUCGACGGCGGUGAAAUUAAUAAUAAUACUAACAAGAGAGAAUAUUAUUGUUAUUCUGAUGUGGGUUUGGUGUCUGAUCAAUUCAGCAAUGGUGGAGGGAACAGAAGGGUCUUCUCUCUAAAGGAGAGCGAUUAUUUCAGUGGAAUGGAUGAGUCGGGUUUCAUUGAUUUGAAACUCGACUACUCGGCGGAGUCGAAGGCCGUACCGGAUCAUCAGUUUUGCUCUAGUUCAGAGUCUGCUUUUGGAAGCAUGAGGGCUAGUACUAAUAGUGAGUUUUUCAAUGGAGGGAAUAGUUAUAAUGAGAGUGAAAAUGGGGUUUUUAAUAGAGGUGGUUCUUGUAGGAUUACGGUCAAUGAUAGAGGGUUGAAGAAAGGGAGGAAGAGCUUGAAGGGUUGGAAAUGGAUUUUCAGGCAGCAUUUGGGAACUAGUCAUGGAGUGAAGAAGGAUGGAGAUCUUAUGUUUAAAACAUGAGGGGGUAAAUUAAAAAAAGAAAAAAAAGAGAUGGUAGUAGAUAUAUUAAUAAUGAAAGAAACAAGUUUGUUUGAUUUUUAGCAUACGACAAUGAACAAUUACAAUGUGUUUGUUAUGAUCUUGUGUUUUUUUUUUUCCACACUUACAUUUGUAGCAAACUAGUAGUUCACACUUCACUUUGGCUUAUAUUAGUCUCUACUCUUUUGUAUUUACAUGUUGAAUGAGUCAUUUUAGAGAGAAAGAAUAGAUCAUAAUAGCUGGUUUGUGCUAACUUUAGUGGCAGAAAAAAACGGA